CCCUCCCGUUCCCUGCCCUUCCUUUCAUCCGGAGCCUGACCCGGAUCUUUUCUUAUUUAAGGUGCUCUUGCCAGUCUCUUCCCCCCACCUCCCCUCCCCUUCCCCGAAGCAGCCUCGGAGACUCUGGGAUGGGGGGCUGGCGGGCUUCCUCCCGGCUGAUCUUCGCGGCGAGGCAACUGCAACCUGGCGGUGGGAAGGGAAGCGACGAGGCUCCUCGGGGUCUUCGCGCCUGGCUGCCCGACGCUGAGCUGGACGGGGGUGCGACGCGUAUUUUGCACGGAGAAGACGACGAGCUUCCCGAGGCUUUGAGCCUGCAAGCUCCGUGGGAAGGAAGGCGGGAGAAGAGAAAUUGCAGCAGCAGCAGCAGCAGCGGAUCUUCCGAGCGAGCAGCCAUCCGGUGGCUAAACGGGACAUCAGGACAACUUCUGAAGAUGCGGCCCUGUGCAUCUUGUGAAGGAGGAACCACAGACUUUUGAGCCCAAAUCCAUGAAACUGAUUCUGGGCAGAUAUGCAAGAGAAUUCCAGGAAAAUGUCUUCGUUGGAAUUCCCUAACGUGACAAUAAAGUUAGAAGACAAAGAAGAUGUCUCAUGGCUUCCAAACAACCAGGUGGCAGAAGGAAGUCGGAGUUUCUCAAUUGAUCAUUCAGGGUUUCCAGUUCCCAAGUCUGAAGUGAUCCAUGGGGGAGAUCCAUGGAUUCCAGAGCCUAUUUCACAAGAAAAAGAAAUUCCAGUAGAUUAUGGUUCCGAGCUUCCAGAUGUAAUAAUAAAGCUGGAACAGGAAGAGAUUCCGUAUGUUCCCUGCCCCCAGGUUUCAGAAACAAGUGUGACAUUCAAAACAGUCCAAUCAGGAGGUGGCCAUGACAAAACGUUGCAGAGAGAAAUACCAUUUUACUCUGGCUUUGUGAGACGUUUCCCUGACAAACCCGAACGUGUCAAACAAGAGAACCAGAACACGGCAGAGAAGCCCCACAAGUGCUCUUGCUGCACCAAAAGCUUCAUGAAGAGGUCCAACCUUCGUACCCAUGAGAGAAUCCACACGGGGGAAAAGCCAUUCCGGUGCUCCGAAUGUGGCAACAGCUUCAGCGACGGUUCCAGUCUCAUCAGGCACAAGCGGAAGCACACCGGGGAGAAGCCGUACAGCUGCUCGGCGUGUGGGAAGCGGUUCAACCAGAGCUCCAGCCUCAUCAGGCACGAACGGAGUCACACGGAGCAGAGACCCUACAAAUGCUUGGAGUGUGGGAAAAGGUUCAACCAGAGCUCCACCCUCGUGCGGCACGAAAGGAUCCACCGAGAACAGAGACUAUACAAAUGCUCGGGCUGCGAGAAGAGAUUUAUUCAGAGCUCCAGUCUCCUGGCUCAUGAGAGGAUCCACCGGGGAGAGAAACCUUACAGCUGCACAGCUUGCGGGAAAGGCUUUGUCCAGAAAUCUAACCUUCUGAUUCACGAGAUGAAACACACAGGUUUGAAGCCGUUCAAGUGUCCGGACUGCGGGAAAGGUUUCAAUCAGAAUUCAAGUCUCGUCAUACACCGGAGAAUCCACACAGGGGAAAAACCAUACAGUUGCUCGCACUGCCGGAGACCUUUCAGCGACAAGUCGAGCCUUAACAAACAUGAGCGAGCCCACCGAGGGGACAAACCGUACAAGUGUUCCAGCUGCGGGAAAAGUUUCGUGCGUAGGUCUCACCUCUUGACUCACGAAAGGAUCCAUACGGGCGUGAAGCCGUUCAAGUGCUCGGACUGUGGGAAAAGCUUCAGCAGCCGGUCACACUUGAUUAGGCACGAGGGGACGCACACGGGGGAGAAGCCCUACGAUUGCUCAUUCUGCGGGAAGAGCUUCAACCGGAAGUCCAACCUGACGAAUCACGAGAGGACGCACACGGGGGAGAAGCCUUACAAGUGCUCCGAUUGCGGGAAAAGCUUCAGCGACAGAUCCAGCCUGAUUAAACACGAACGGAUCCACACCGGGGAGAAGCCGUACAGCUGCGCGUCCUGCGAGAAGAGCUUCAGCGACAAAUCGAGCCUUAUCAGGCACGAGCGAAUCCAUACGGAGGAGAAGCCGUACAACUGUAAUGAAUGUGGGAAGACGUUCGCUCAGGCUUCCAACCUCUUGGCCCAUAAACGGAUCCACACGGGCGAGAAGCCCUAUAAGUGCAUCCACUGCGGGAAAAGCUUCACCGAAAGGUCGAAUCGUAACCGGCAUCAGAGGACCCACUCGGGACAAAAGCCCUACAAUUGUCUCGACUGCGGAAAGAGCUUCAGCUUCAGGUCCGACCUCAUCCGACAUGGGAUCACCCACACGGGAGAGAGGCCAUACAAAUGCUCGGAUUGUGGGAAAAGCUUCAGCCAUGCCUCAACCCUCAUUCGGCACGAGAACAUCCACACGGGGGAGAAACCCUACUCCUGCGCAGACUGCGGGAAAUGCUUCACCCAAAGCUCAUCUCUCCUGGCGCAUAAACGGCUGCACACCGGAGAGACGCCAUUCAUCUGCCCCGUUUGUGGAGAAAGCUUCAACUGGAAGUCGCAUCUGGUGACGCACCAGCGGACCCACACUGGGGAACGGCCGUACAAGUGCGGCAAGUGCGAGAAAAGCUUCAUCGAGAAAUCCAAACUAAACAGGCAUCAGAGGACCCACGCGGAGAAGAAACUGUAUGGAUGUGGGGAGUGCGGGAGAAUCUUUAGCCUCCGAUCCAACCUGGCUCGGCACGAGACCACUCACCGAGUGGGGAAUGCCUACACCUGUUUGAGCUGCGGGAAAAGUUUCAACCAGGCGGCGAAACUGAUGCGGCACGAAAGGAUCCACACGGGAGAGAAGCCCUAUUCCUGUUCAGGCUGUGGGAAAAGUUUCAGCCAGACCUCCGAACUCCUGCGGCACGAAAGGAUCCACACCGGAGAGAAGCCGUACAAAUGCUCGGCCUGCGGGAAGUGCUUCAACCGCAAAUCACACCUCAGCACUCACGAGGCGACCCACUUAGCUGACGUGCCGCGUGGAGGGCUACAAAGCAGGACAGUCUACGACAGCAGCUCACUCUUUAUUGCAGGGCUGAGUCCCCACCAGCAGACCCACGCAGAGGGCCAGGCUUAUCCGGGCUCAGAAAGUGAAAAAGAUUACAGCCACAGUUCGAUCUUUAUUGCGGGGCUGAACCCCAGCAGGCCCACACAAGUAGGGGACCAGCUGUACGAAUGGCCCAACAGCGAGACAAGCUAUGGCCAUUGUUCACUCCUAAUCACUGGAAUCAAUCCACAGGAAGGCACCCAGGCAGAGGAACCGCUGUUUCAAUGUCUGGAUAGAGAGACCAGCUACACCCGAAGCCCCUUGUUUAAAAGCAUCAUGAACACACGCCAGGUGGUCUUUUCAGGAGGCCAACCGAUUGACUGCCUGGACCGUGAGAAAAAUUACAGCGACCCGUCGCUUUUCCAGAAAGAGGAGAAACUGUUUAAAUGUCCCGAAUGUGGAAAGAGCUUCAACUGGCAGUCUCAUUUCACCAGGCACAAAAGAAUUCACACGGGAGAAAAGCCGUACUGUUGCACGGACUGUGGGAAAAGUUUCAACCGCAGGUCACACCUCGUUCGACACAGCAGGACCCACAACGGACUGAGCCUGUACUCUCCGGCUGUUGAAGAAUCCUCAGUUCAGGACCUUAUUUUCUUAAACCCAAGUGAAUCAGUGCAGGAGAAAACUGAUUAACACACAGACUGGGGGGGCUUCCUUUAUAGCUCGCACGAGGUUACAGCCUGAAAACCUCACAAUCCUGUCUGCUGAACCCACUCAGGAAUAAAUGUUGUGAAGGUUCAGUACAGGAUGAAGUAUUAAAGAACUCGUCCCAGGGAAAAGCUGUGUAUUGGGCAACUUAGUAGUAAAACAUCAGUUCUCACUAGGCCCAAAUGCCUGUGGCAAGAAAACGGUGGGCUUAGCUCUUAUGAAUAAUAGAAUUGAUAAAACUGUUCCUAACAUGAGAGGUCGCACGGAGGUUUUUCCAUAAAAUAAUUCCAAAUCUCCAUGCUCACUGAAAAGUAGCAUGUCAAGGAGCUAAAUUUGCGGUCUCCGUGAGAUGUUUCUUCUAUACCAGUGAUGGCGAACCUUUUCAGCACCGAGUGCCAAAAAAGUCACGUGGAAACAUUGUGCUUGUCGAGGCCGCACUCCGGAAAAGCCGAACUUCCGGGUUCUAACAUGCAUGUGCGCUCAACAAUCAACUGGCCAGCAUGUGUGUGCACACCAGUUUUCAGCAGUGCCGCGUGUGCGAAGGACAGCUGAUUGUUGUGCGUGCAUGGAUGCCAGAAACCUGGAAGAUAAACAGGCAAGGCUGCGUGUGCUGGGCGACAUGGCUUCGCGUGCCACUUUGGGCAUGCGUGCCAUUGGUUUGCCAUCACGGUUCUAUACACUUAAUGUUGUUGUUUUUUUUCAUGGAUGUACUAUCCCUAGCUUCCAAUUCAUGUUCAAAAGAAGGAUAUUAAAAUUUUCAAUCUGAAGUUAAAUCAUAUGGAAGAAUUCAUGGCAAGGAUGUUUUCUCUUUUCCCGCCUUUGCAAAUUCUUCCAGUAGUGCUGAGAUGGGGAGACCUGGCCUCUCCAGUUGUUGCUGUAUUUUCACUAACAUUUGCCUCAGGCAGUGAAUUUCAAGGAUGAUGGGGAUUAGAGUCCAGCAGGAUCAGGAGUAGUACAGGUGCUUAGUCAUAACUGUUCGGGAAAUGGCUGGACCACUCAAGAUAAUAAUGGGAUUAUAGCAGGGAUGAAAUCCAAAAUUUUUCCCUACCGGUCUGUGGGUGUGGCUUGGUGGGCGUGGCAGGGGAAGGACAUUGCAAAAUCUCCAUUCCCACCCCACUCGGAGGCCAGCCAGAGGUGGUAUUUGCCGGUUCUCCAAACUACUCAAAAUUUCCGCUACUGAUUCUCCAGAACCUGUCAGAACCUGCUGGAUUUCACCCCUGUAUUGUAGAGCUGAAUAGCUCUCAAUAUUAGAAAAUUCCUUCCUCCAUUAAAUUAAAUUAAAGUAUUCCAGUAUUUGAGAGGCUGCCACAAAGAAGAGGGGGUCAAUUUAUUUUCCAAAGCACCAGAGGGCAGGGACAAGAAACAAUGGAUGGAAACUAAUCAAACAGAGAAGCAACCUGGAAUUGAGUAGAAACUUCCUAAUGGUGAGGACAAUUAACCAGUGGAACAGCUUUCCUUUCGGAAAUUGUGGGUACUUCCAUCACUGGAGGUGUUUAAGAUGAGACUGGACAGUCACCUGCCUGAAAUACUAUAGAGUCUCCUGCUUGAGCAGGGGGUUGGACUAGAAGACCUCUAAGUUCCCUUCCAGCUCUAUUCUGAUUGAUUGAAAUUAAAUUCCUGCCUAGGCAGGGGGUUGGACUAGAAGACCUCCAAGGUCCCUUCCAACUCCGUUAUUCUUUUCCGUUAAAUUUAAAAAAAACAAAAACAACCCUCACCUGUGUUUUGAGAGGCAAGUUCCACAUAGGCUAGUAACAGUGUUUUCCUGCUUUCUGAAAAGUAGAUCUUUUAAACCAUUUCCACGUGUCUAUAUUGAUAGCAAAGGUAGCCUGAAGGAAAUUGCAUGAACUGGUAAGUUUAGAUGAUAACAUAUUAGAAUGACAGUACAAGCAGUCUUUGACUUACGACUGUAAUUGAGCCCAGAAUUACAGUUGUAAAUCAGCCUGGUCUCCAAGCAGGACACCCUGUAACCACACCUGACUUUACAGCAUUUUUUUUUACUGUCGUUAAACAAAAGCUACAGUAGUUAAAGCAAAUCCAUUGUCUGCAAUGGGUGUGGGUUUUUUUUUGCUGGAAACCAGAAGUAAAAGCUGGUUUUUAGUAAUAUAUAUAUAUAAUAUAUAUCAUCAGCUUGGGCGAACUGUGGAGAGGAGAACUUGUGGCUCAGAAGGUUAAUUCAACUGCCUAACAUGCAGGAAGGCCAAGUUCGAAUCCAAGUAAGGGUAUGGCUAGCUGAUGAAAGCUAAAAAGCUUGAAAUAGAUCUAUAGUAGUCUCCCUUUAUUUCUUUAUCAGCAAAAUAUAAAUUUGGUAUAAAAUGAUUUGUGAAUGCGACUGCUUGAGGGCUCCUGGAUUGGAGCUGAAAGGCGAAAGGGAGCAGAAUGCCCCCUCCCACAUGUUGGGGUAGACCAGGUGUCAUGUGACCUCUGGAAUACUGCAAACAAUCAAAUGUGAGCUGGUUGCCAAGUACCCCAAAUGGGAUCAUGUUAAUUGGGGGUGAUUUGUUAGAACUUUGGAUCUGAAUCCUAAGUUAUCUUGGGGAGGUCCAUCAAAACUGAAUGGUUGUUAAGCAUCCAGUCAUAAAUUGAGGACUACCCAUAGAUACAGUAUUGGUAGUCCUUACUUAUGAUCACAAUUGAGCACGGAAUUUAUGUUACUAAGUGAGAAAUUUGUUAAGGGAGUUUUGCCCCAUUUUUCGAUUUUUAAUCGCUGCAGUUGUUAAAUUAGUAACACAGUUCUCAAGUGAAUCCGGCUUCCUCCUUGACUUUGCUUGUCAGAAGGUCACAAAGGGUGAUCCCAUGACCUCAGGACACUGCAACUGUCAUAAAUAUGAACCAGUUAUCAAGGAACUGAAUUUUGAUCACAUGACGGUCAUAAGCGUGAAACAAUUGUCACAACUCAACUUUUUUCAGUGCCGUUGUAACUUCAAACGGUCACUAAAUGAACAGUUGUGAGUCGAGACUACUUGUAUAGGCCAGGAAAACAUGGGAUCUCAUCUUGCAGGAAAACAUUUUUUAUACUAGACAGCAUGAAAAAUGGAAAGCAAGAACCUCCUUCCUAGAGGGAGAUGGAGAGAAAAUUACGACUGGAUUUGAAGAAGGAUGAGCUAAAAGUUCUGGAACAACCUCUGCAAUCAAUAGUUUGCAACGUCGUCAUCUUCUUGAAUUAAAAUAAAUAAAAGAAUUAAAAUAAAUGAAUUCUCCUUGACCCAAGACCUUUUUUUCCCCUGGCUCCAUAUCACAGCUCUUCAAGAAGAUCAAGAUGUAUUUCUUUCUUACAUACUACUCUUUAUCUUUUGGUAUUUAACUUUCCUCCCUAAUCUUCUUUCAGUUAUAACUCAAAAGAUGGCACCUCCCGAGAUGCCAAGAGUAAUUUAGGGACACCCAAUGUUGUGUAGAUUUUGUGGGCUGGUCAAUAAUACAAGACAUGGAUUUUUAGUUUUCGUGGGUUUUCCCCUCCCGUUGACAAUUUUAUUAAACCUCUUUUAGAUCAA